GUUCCUCUCUCUGUCCCUGUAGCUUCCUCUCUCUCGGUCUGACCCGGCUGCACCAUGGCAAGCCCCCUAGAAAAGGCGUUGGACACGAUGGUGUCCACCUUCCACAAGUACUCGGGCAAGGAGGGCGACAAGUUCAAGCUCAACAAGUCGGAACUGAAGGAGUUGCUGAGCCGGGAGCUGCCCAGCUUCCUGGGGAAAAGGACGGAUGAAGCAGCCUUCCAGAAACUGAUGAGCAACCUGGACAGCAACAGGGACAACCAGGUGGACUUCCAGGAGUACUGCGUCUUCCUGUCCUGCAUUGCCAUGAUGUGCAAUGAGUUCUUUGAGGGCUGCCCAGACAAGGAGCCCCGGAAGAAGUGAAGACUGGA